AUGUCCGCCGCAAAGACCCGUGCUCAGUCCCUCAUUAACGACAACGCCGUCGUCGUUUUCUCCAAGUCAUACUGCCCUUACUGUGACUCUUCCAAGAAGCUGCUUGACGGCUUGAACGCGAAGUACACUGCUCUGGAGCUGGAUCAGGAUGAGGAGGGAGCUGCUAUUCAGAGCGCUCUUGCCGAACUCUCAGGCCAGCGCACCGUCCCCAACAUCUUCAUCAACAAGAAGCACAUCGGCGGUAACUCCGACCUCCAGGGUAAGAAGGACCUGAAGGAUCUGCUCAAGUCUGCUGGUGCGAUCUAA